AUGCAAAAUAAUCCUCAACCUCAAAGACUUUUUACUCAGAAUCUGCCCUGUCUAAACAUUGAGGUUCCAAUGCUAUUUUACAUUCCAGAAAAUCCUUAGAUGAAACUUAUUACUUCAAUCAUCAAUAAGUAUGGUGGAAUAGUUGUAUCUACUCAUGACUGCGCUUCAGUUUAAAUAGCACCUUUUGAGCAGUAUCCUCUUGAACCUCGAAAAUAUUUCUGCGGUCCUGUAUAUAACCUUGCCUGGCUAACUCAUUCAAUAAAGUAAGGAGAGCUUUUACUCAAAGAGGACUAUCUUAUUGAUGAGUUUGAAUAAGAUCUGGAUAUUGGGAAUAAACGACUCUUAUUGCCUAAGCUCUGUCGAAUCACCGUAUCUGAAUGGAUCAAAUAUAGAUAGCUUUACACAUUUUUUGAAAGCGAGGCUACAUGUUCCUUGAAGAGUUUUGCUAAAUAAGUUUACGAGGUCAAUUGUCUGCCUGGACGGUAAGAAAAUGCUAUAUACUGCACCCUGAGAGAUGUAGCUAACCUAAACUUUGAAAAGUUUCUCUAUCAAAUUUAAACGCUUACAGAAGAAGAGUUUCACUUCAUUAAUUAAGUAAAGUUCCAGACCAGAACUGACUUGCAGUGGGUUUUAAAAGAGUCAUAAACCGAGGCUGAGAAACUCAAACAAUGCAUGGAUCUAUAAAUGCCUAAGAAGUUCUGGUUUUUUAAAACUACUCAAUACUAAAUGCAAUUACUUGAAGAAUAAGGCCUUAUUAUCAACCCUUAUGAAUCAAAGAAAAGAGAGACUUCCACUUCCACAAUAUAGAGUAGCAAUUAAAAUUAGCAGAGACUAUAAAUUUAAUCAGAAAACUUAUCAGAUGAAAUGAGUUAAGAUGAAAGUUCAGAUGAAUCAUCAUAUCUCCUUGAUCUCACUCAUGAAUUAAAUGAUGAUGAAGAUAUGUCGAUGGACAGUGAGAGUGAAAUUAAAGAGCAGAGUAUACGUGAUGAAAUUGCCAAAAAUUUAAGUAAUAAUUUUAAAAUUGCAGUCAAAGAUAUUGAGCAGAAAUACAUUUAAUAUGAUUUUAAUAAAAUUAAGAUGAGUUAGAGAGGCAAUAUUUUUGCUGGAUUUAUUUGA